UAACUCUUCAGGAAAUGAGAGUGAAAACAAAACCUCACAAAUGAGACCUGCGCAUAGUCAUUUUCUAGCUGAAGUUGGGACAUAUUAAUCGGCAUAAAAAAUAUAUAUAAAAAUGGAAUCUGGUGCCUAUGGGGCCUCGCUGGCCGGAGGUGACUUCGAUUUUAUGAGCUUUGUUAAACAACCUCAAACCAUAGUCCGCAUCUUGAGCUGGAUCUUUUCCAUAGUGGUGUUUGCCACCAUCACUGGAGAAGGCUAUGUCAACCCUUCACUCCUGCCUGACACCAAAUGCAUGUUCAACAGGAAUGACAGCGCAUGCGGCUUCGGAGUGGGUAUCGGAAUUUUGGCCUUUCUCGCCUGCGUCGUCUUCAUCAUACUGGACGCCUACUUCCCUCAGAUCAGCAACGCCAAAGAGAGGAAGAACAUUGUCACUGUUGACCUGGUCUUCUCUGGAGUGUGGACGUUGUUCUGGUUCAUCUGCUUCUGUGUCCUGACCAAUCAGUGGUCUCACACCACCGAAGUAGCAGGCAUCCCUGUCGACGCCGCCCGAGCCGUAGUGGCUUUCUCCUUCUUCUCCAUUGUCACUUGGGCUCUAUUGACUACAUUUGCUUAUACAAGAUAUCGCCAAGGAGUGAGUGACCUUGACCAGGGCUACACAGACCCAGCCUAUGACAACAGCACUCCUUACCCAUCCACCUCCGCCUAUCCCCCGUACCCCACCAGUGGGCCAGAGGGCUACCAGCAGUCCCCUUUCACCCCCCAAAACCAAGAGCAUCCAGCACCAUACCAGCCCCAGUCUUACUGAGGGACUGGACCAUUGACCAGAUUUGGGGGGGGAGUUUGAGUUUUUAAGUUGCCAUUGGUGCCUGUAGCCUGGUCCCAGAUCUGUCUGUGCUGUCUUGCCAACUCCUACAGUCAUGCCAAACACAAAAAGAUCUGGGACCAGGCUAUGUUGCCUCAGCUAUGUGGACUGAUCUCAGCACUCCACUGGUCCUCUCCUUUCACCUAACUGUUUAAGUCUUAGCUGGUGUUGCGCUUACAUAAUGAAGGGUGUGUUGACAUGAUUUCAGUUGGUAUUCAUAUUGUAGUUUAGGUUGUGAAUGGAUAUUUUGCUGCAUUUUUAUACAUACAACUAGAGUGCCUGAGCUGAGCUUCAGGUAGAAUCUAAGGAAAACUGUUACUAGGGUAAAACCUAGAAUGCCAUGUAAAAAUAUAAGAUUCAGAGUGCCAUCACCACUUGAGGUAACUGCCAUAUGUUCUUUCUGUUGUUCUCUGCACUGUUUGUCUUGUAACAUAUGUAAUGCAGUCAUGUGGACACUGAAGUUCAGAUCAAACCACUGAAACAUAUGUCGCUGGGAACAUUGCUUUGUAUUGCAAAUAAUGAUGCUAUGCUAUGCUAUGGACACACUGUAUUUUUCUAUGCUGCCUAAUCCAGUUAUAUGGUAUAGUGCAUAUACAAAUACCUUUUGAUAAUGUCAAUGUAUUUCAACGUUCUAGCCAGCCCAGGAUAUCAGAACUUAUUGCCAUAUAUCUAGAAAUCAAAAGUAUUGCUAAAUUAUUGACAAACAAAGACUGUUUUUGUUUUUCUCUGCAAACCCAUUUUUUAUUUUACCUUUAUUUAACUAGGCAAGUCAGUUAAGAACAAAUUCUUAUUUUCAAUGACGGCCUAGGAACAGUGGGUUAACUGCCUGUUCGGGGGCAGAACGACAGAUUUGUACCAUGUCAGCUCGGGGAUUCGAACUUGCAACCUUUCGGUUACUAGUCCAACGCUCUACCCACUAGGCUACCCUGCCGCCCCAUACUUUUAUUUGUCCCAAUAAUGGGUGCACUGUCUAAAAAAUGCUACCUUUAACGACUACUAUCAGUGCUUUUAAAAACCACCCCUGAACUCACUCAGAGCCUAUUUCCUGUACCCAGUUUAAACCUACUUCUGGACUGAAACUCACGCUUAAUGGAAAAGCUCCAUUGCAAGUAGAUUUUCAUCCAGGAAUAGGUUUAUUCAUCUUGGUCUGGGAAACCAGCAGUACAUUUUUGGGGGGUAAAUUGGAUAACACGUUAUCUUUCUGUCAUUUGUAGUACAUGCUCCCAAGUCAUGUUAACCCUUUCAUUUGAUCUUUAUUGUAGUUUCAAACGAGUCUGUAAUAUAUUUGGUAAACGAGGGUGUGUGUUUAGUAUCAGGAACGCCCUCUCCUCAACUUGUUUGUCUCCUACCUUCAUCUAUUCCGAACGUGCCUGGGAACGGUUUUAUUUAGUUCUGGUGUGUUCUUGUCCAUGACACACCUUUUCAGACAAACUCAUAUCAGAAUUCUCAUAGAUGAGUUUAACAAAAUACCAUCUAGUAGGUAAUAUAUACAGUAUAUUGAAUUGUAAUGGUAUUCCAUUGAAAGAAAAUGAGUAGGCUGCCAGUACGUUUCAAUAAACUAGUGAACUAUUAACAAAAUAUAUUUACAAAAUAAUACAUAUGGGAGCAGUCAGCAUACUACAUUAGGACACACAACUGCAAUGUGUUUUGACUACUAGUCUUCCUCAGGCAGCGUUGUGAUAUUAGAUUGAAAUUGUUUUGUAAAUGACCUAUGCCUUUUAAUCCUCCUGGGCAUGACAAUGAAUUCCAUACAGUACCAGAGUAAGAACCUUCAUCAAAAACGACAUAUGGUCCUGCCUUUGUUCUUGGUAUAUCUUUGGUACAAGCUCAUUUAUUUACGUUAUCUCUGAUGAAGUGAUCUCACCAAUUAUCAUGCCCUCUGUCUUGGGUUUCAAGAUUGCACUGAGCUUUGCAGUCUGUUGCACAAAGUGCCUUAUAAAAGCCUACUACACCACCAACCGAACCUUUGCCAAAUAAAGGCUUUUCCUGUUUGGA